AUGCAGUCGCAGGCCGAUCUCCGGCGUAUGAGCAGGACGGAGUACGCCGCCGUUGCCGCUACAACCACGACCGGCGAUGCUAAAGCCGCUGCUGUUAGCGACCGCCGCCACCGCGACCGCGGCGCUGACGGGGCCUCAAGCCCACCACCACAACAGACCAGGCGGCGUGUAGGGGUACGGGAAGCCCCCGAGGAGUCCCCUGACGAUCACACCACUUCCCACAGGACAGCGAUCAGCAGUAGCAGCACUAGCGGCAGCAGCACGUAUGGGAGCAGCAACAUACGCAGUAGCAGCGGGUCCUCGUACAUCACAACGGACACCACCAGCAUCAGCAGCGCUAGUACCAUGGAAACCAAAGCUGAAGCUGCCACCAACGGCGGCUCCCAGCGUCAGCAGCCCGGCGUUCCUGACGCCGUCCCUGCCGCAGCUGCAAAGGCUGAGGCCAAGUCCCUUGCAGCCAGCGGUUCAGGGGGAGCUCCUGUGACGGAAGUUAGCGAUGUGAUUAUGAUUUGCAGCAGCAGCUCUAGUGAGGGGGUUGAGGAGGUGGAACGGCGCAUGGCCAAGGAGAAGCGGUUGCCCAUCCGUGGCGCUCGUGCUGCUGCCGCCGCCGCCACUACUGCUGCUGGUGCUGCUACACGUGGUGGCAAGAGAAGGGGCAGACGCAGUGGCGGUGAUACUGCCGGUGUUGCUACUGCUGGUGAUGGCGGGCACGCACCGGCGCGUUCCGUACUGCCGUACAGACCUCUCACCGACACGGGCAUGGGAGUGCUGUACGACAAUCCCCGGGCAUGCGUACCUCUGCCGGAGCAGCACGUGCGGGAGUGGUUCCCCGGGGCCUUCUACCGGGGGGACAUCGCCAGGACCUCGGGGGGAACGCAUACCCACACGGACAUAGACACGGACUCGCAUGGUGAUGUGGAGUCCAGUGAUGGUGAUGCCACUGAGGGUAAGGGCGGCCGGCAGCUGCGCAGCGGUGGAGGCGGUGGCAGCUGUCACCGUAGCAGCCGGCAGCGGGAGGCGAGGGCGGGCGGCAUCAGCCUGAAGCGACCACGACGGGUUUGGUUGGGGAGUCCCAAGAGGUUGCAUCUGAGCAUCGAGCUGGUGGGGCGGGAUGGCCGGGACCCCCGAUACAACCGGGUGCGGGGACCCCAUGAGGCAACCAUCAAGACCAGUCGAGGGCUGGAGCCAUAUAGCCUCAUGCUGGACCGCAGAGUGCGUGAGGAGCUGUCCGGGUGCAGACUGCUGGGGUACGGGGGGCAGCCGGGACCGGAGCCGGCAAGACGCAGCCGCUGGAAGCCCCGUGCGGCUGGGGUGAGACUGUUCGUGCAGCCGGAGAGUUCAGAGGAGGCGGUUGCGGAAGCACUCCGGGACGCGGAGGAGGAGGAGAGAGGGAAAGAGGGUGGCGUGCUGAAGCGACGUCAGGGAAAGCGAACGCGGCAGGAGAGUGGCUCCGAAGAUGAGGAGAUGCAGGACGAGGUAGAGGACGGAGAGGAGGAGGAGGACGAUCGUGAAGGAAGGGGUCGGAGGCCGGGGCUAAAACCUUGCAGUGAUCGGACGGGUCCUGCAGCGGCAAAGGCACAGGUGGAGACGUUUCCGGCCUCGGCGUCAGCAUUGCCAAGUCAUGGACCGCGGGGACCUCCCGCUCACAGAGGCCGCCGAGCUUUGACAAAGGUUGAGUCCGUCGUCUCGCCGGCACCAGAACCAGAGGACAAGGAAACAAAGAAGGAGCAUAAGGAGGAAAAGCAGCAGCAAAAAAAUGUGGACCAUCAGGGCGGCAAGGCAGCGAUAAAUUUGCUGGCAGCUCCUCCCCUACCCCCACUCCCACCAGUCAAGCGACCCGUGGGUCGGCCAAGGAAACAUCCCAAGAAAGUGCCACAGGCAAAGCCACCGCCACCGACGGCAGCAGGCGCCUCAAUCCCAGAGAAGGCCGAUCGGAAGGGCCCCGCCACCGCGGCCUCGUGCCUGCCAGGAGCCCUCAACGAGCGACCAGCACCAGGAGCGAUGUCAACAAGGUCAGGCGCUAAGUCCGCUAUAGCCCCGAUGAAGCAGGAGCACAUGCUCCUAGACCAGCAGGGCAGUAAGGACCUCUGUUGCGGCGGCGGGAUGGUCGGGGGCCCCACUGCAGCAGGGCUGCAGCAGGGGACAAGUCCCGUGCCAGAUGGGGGGCUUAAGACUGGCUCCGGCCGAUUACUAUCCCAGCAGGAGCAGCAGCGACAGCAACAACACAAGCAGCGGUUAACUCCGGACGCCCGGGUGCGGGGCCGGUUGGGACGAGCGGCUGGCCACCCUUCUGCCAGCCUGCAGCAGCAGUGGCGAUCCUGCGGCACCGUGAAGUUGUACGAACAGUCCAUAGCAGCUGCUGAGGGCACGGAUGAUGCCCGCGGCGGCGGCAGCGAUGGCAUGCUGGAGGCUGCUACAGUACCCAGCUGUGGCGGGGACGCUGGGGUUGUCACUGCCACCACUACCGCUGCUGCUCCUCCUUUGGGACCUGCGAGGACAGCCGCUGGGGAGCAGGUCUUGCGGGGCCCCGGUGCUGGUCAUGGUGGCGGCAGCACCUCGACGUCUGGCGGUGUGGAGCGGCCUGGAUUCCUCCGGGGUUUGGAGCCAAAGAAGGCUGCGGAGAAUGAUGGACCUCCCCCUCCCCCGAGGAGUGACAGUGCUGCCCACUGCGGCAGUGGCGGUAAUGGUCGGGGUGGGGAUGGUCCUUCCAGUGCUGCUGCUGGCACCAACGGCAGUUGUGGCAGUGGUGGUGGGGAUGGUGGCAGUGGUGGUAAUGACGCCAUCGCGUGCAUCCAGUCGGAGCGGGCCCUGCCCCCCGGUGAGCAGCUGUCUGGGCCCCUGGCCGCCCUGGAGGACUGCCUGGGGGACAUGAGGAGGCUGCUGGGGCAGUCAGUGGGGGAGGAGCAGCGGCAGCGACCAAGGGGGACAACCAACAAAGAUGACAACACAGCAGCGGCCGGAAGUGGAAGGGUAGGUGGCGAGUGUGGUGGUGCUGGUGUGAUGGUGGGCAGUGGGUCUUCCUGCUGGCCGGCGGCCUCAUGGCUGCGGCGCUGUACCCUACUGGGUGGUGUGACCCACGGCGAUGGUGGCGGUGGUGGUGGAGGUGACGGGGAAGGGCAGGUGCAAGGGGAGGAGGGCGACGGGGAGGAGGUGACACCGGAGGCGGUGGCGGCGACAGCAUGUAUGAAUGUGGUGGGGCAGCGGUUCUACACGGCCAAGUUGUUGCGGGUGUGGUACGAGGGCAUGGUGCGGAUGGUGCUGGGGAUUGGGGCAGACGGGGCCUGCGUGUGCAGGGAGGGUGGGGGGGAAGUGGAGUCGGGUGGGAAGGCGGUGGCAGAGGCGGGGUUGCGGCUUGCGGAGCGUCAGGGUCAGAUGUUACUAGGGGACGCCAGAUUGCUGAGGCGGGCCCUGAUGAGGGCGGAGGCAGAGGCCCUGGCCUGCAGGGGGUUGUGGGGCACUGGGGGCCCAGUGGGGCCCAGCAACUGA